AUGUGCCUGCAGCAGAAAUUCUUGCUGGUCUUCUGCUUGAUCCUCUUCUCAAGGACUCUGUGCGAUGCCCGCUGCUACUUUAGAACUUCCAGCAAGUACGGGUGCAUUUCAAACAGAAACCUCUACGUUUUUGGUGCAGUGUGGAAGACUGAAGAUUGUUACCAAUGCAAGUGUAAGAUGAAUGCGAUGGUUUGCUGCAGCUUGGUUUCAAUCCCCAAGAACUAUGACAGAGCGAACUGCGUUGGUCUCUUCCACAAGAAAAGCUGCUCCAUCCGAGUUGUGAAGAAGACUAAUCCUGACAUAAGUUGCAAAGUCUACAAUGGGGUUGGUUAAUGCUGUUUUGAUGUAUUUGUCCUCUUUCUUCUGCACA